CGCUCACGACAGACGGCCAUCUGCGCGGGUCUCGGACGGGCGACACUUACAUCGCAGCGCCUGUUAUCUACCUAACGACCAAAAACCCGCAGCUGGAGCAAAUAACAUCUGCUCCUAUUUAAAGUAACUGUUUUUAUAUAAGUAAAUCAAGAAUUCCACCAAACAUGUCCUACAGAAGCAGCCGCAGGUCUCGCUCCCGUUCUCGUUCUCGCUCUCGCGACCGUGGUCGACGCGAUAGGGAUGACUGGGGCCGAGGUGGAGGGUAUGGUGGCAGCGGUGGAGGUGGGAGGCCGUCGCUGAAGGGAAGGCAGCCAGGAGAACGCCUGCGGAAGCCAAAGUGGGACCUGUCCAGACUUGCCCCCUUCGAGAAGAACUUUUACCAGCCCACACCUGUUGUUGUCAACCGACAGCCCUAUGAAGUGGAACAAUACAGAAAUGAAAAGGAAAUCACACUUAGAGGAAAGAACAUUCCCAACCCCAUUCAAUACUUCACUGACUACAAUUUCCCAGACUAUGUAAUGGCUGAAAUCCGUCGACAGGGCUAUGAAGCACCUACACCUAUUCAGGCACAAGGCUGGCCUAUUUCAUUACAAGGAAGGGACUUUGUUGGUAUUGCACAGACCGGCUCAGGAAAGACCCUGGGUUACAUUUUACCAGCCAUUGUUCACAUCAAUCACCAGCCAUAUUUGGAAAGGGGAGACGGCCCUAUUGCACUCAUUUUGGCUCCCACAAGAGAACUUGCCCAACAGAUCCUUACAGUUGCACAAGACUUCGGUUCAUCUUCAAAGAUCCGCUCCACAUGUGUGUUUGGUGGCGCACCUAAAGGACCACAGAUUCGAGACUUGGAACGAGGGGUUGAGAUCUGUAUUGCCACACCAGGACGUCUCAUUGAUUUCUUAGAAGCAGGAAAAACAAACCUUCGCCGUUGUACAUAUUUAGUACUUGAUGAGGCAGACCGCAUGUUGGACAUGGGCUUUGAACCCAAAUCAGAAAAAUUUUUGUAG